AUGCUUCGGCCUGUGCGAACUGUCCUCACGCUUCUAGGAACCAUUCCGGGCCGUGCCGUUGGGCAGCCCAACAGUGCGAAUCCAUGGGACUCGCCUAGCAUUGCUGGUGCCACGUCCUCUGAAAGCUUAGAACGGUCUUCCUUGCCGCCCCUGACCAUCGGAGGCAUUGAGUUUUCACGAGAAGAUGAUAUCGAGAAUAUGGAGAAGCUCUCCAAUCUGUUCGGACAGGUGUUUUACACCCACGUGCUGUCACCCGGGGAUCCUGCUGCUGCACAGGCGUGGCAGGCCUUGUCCUCGGACAUCUGGACGCUUGUGCAGCAUGCAAUGCAGACCCCGGCCAUGGCCCUCUCCGUGGCAAUGUGCCUGUAUAAUUAUUACUGGUGGGAAGGUCCUCACAACAACGAGCCAAAUGCAGUUGCCGGCUAUCAUGCGGCGGAGCUCAUGUAUUUAGCUGUGAGGCAUGCCCGUUGUCACGAACCGCAUUUAAGCGCGCAGGAGUUUUACAUCCUACAAUGCCAUCUGCGCUGGCGCUACCUGCUAAUGCUUGCCGGGGAGACCGGCCGCUACCUGGCCUUGCAGUCUCGAAGCAUCCAGCAUGGGAGCCAAAUGCUGUCACGGGCGCGAUCUUGGUUCCGCGAGAUGCGCCAGCUGCCCAACGUGGAACUCUUGCAUGGGCUCAGCACCCACGAGGUCAAUUUCAACAUGGACUAUUACCCUGCAGCCACCAUGCGAUUCGGGCCUGUCUGGCAUGAUCCCCUGAAAAUUCUGCCGGUUGCCAGUGUUCUAGAGGCAAGCUAUCCCAUCAUACGGUCGGAGCUGGAGGGCAUCUUGCGUCAGGGGUCCACAUUCGAGAACCUUGACCAGCACACACGCAACGCUGAAACACAAUUUGGCCCCAGGGGGGACGAUUGGCUGACGGCAUACCUGUUCAGGAAAGGGGAGCCCAUUCCAGAAGUCUGUGCGUAUGCACCCCGCACCUGCCAGAUCCUUCAGCAACGGCCCGAAAUUGCAAACUGCAAAAUGGGAGGGUCGGGGGCAGGCUUUUUGCGAAUGAGACCUGGUGGCAGACUCAAGCCACACUUUGGCAACGCUCCGCGGCUGAGUCUGCACUUGGGUUUGAUCGUACCUGACGGGGAAAUCUCAAUGUAUGUCGGAUAUGAAGAGCUGAAGUGGCAGGAAGGGAAGGUCAUCGCUUUUGAUGACACUUUCAUCCACCAGGUCCUCCACAACGGUGUCGAGCCGAGAUAUGUGAUGAACCUCUGGAUGUGCCAUCCCUGCGACCCUUACGAUGGCAAGCUUCCCGGGGAGCAAGUGCCGGAGUACUGUCACGGAGGACUGGGUGCUAUGCAUCGCCUUGGCUUGCAGCCGCUCCCGCCGAAAUUCUGA